CACCUCCCGGGAGCGGGGCCGGGGUGAGCUUGGGGAUGAACCAUCUUCCACCGGCUGGGGCUGAGGCUUUCUCCCCCGAGGCGGGAGUGGAGGCUGGACCCUUCUCUCCAAGCCGGAGCAUGGCCCGUCCUGUCCUGUGACCAGGCUGCCUGCCCUCUCCCGCCGCCUCCGGGCUGGAGCAGGGGCUAGACUUUGUGGUCCUAUACCCACCCACACUGGGACUGGGCUCUGAUCCUGAGGCCACAGCCCAGCUCUCUGCCCUUCUCCCCCUGGGCCCACCUGCUCCACCACCUACCCACAGAGCAGCCUGGGGCGCUGUGGCCUGGAAGGCUACAGCCUCUUCCCUCUCCCCCCACCCUGGGAACGGCCCCACCCUUUCCCUUCACUGCCUGCAGCCACUGCCCCCUCAGCAGCUGUGUGCCCCCAGCGUAUGUCUCCUGUGGCCUCCCUCCUCUCCCUGCCCAACAUAGCAGUUGGAGCAGACUGUCAGGCAGCCCCGAAGACUAUUUAGUGGGGCUCCUGCACUGAAGUGAAAACCUAGCAAAGCCUUCCCUUUCUUCCCUCUAUACCCCUGACCCACAAGGUGGCCCAUCUCAACCCUCAGAUCCCUGGGUUUGGUGAAUCCUGCUGAGAGUGAGCAGUAGUAGCAGGAUUCCGCAAAGACUCCAGCUUGCCACCUGGAAGAAGGUCAUUUUCUUUUGAGCAAAGGAGAUAAUGGGAGGUACCCUGCCAGUGUUCACUGAGAGCCCGGGGUGACAUGAGCCUCAGUUGCUCCGGGAGGGUUGUGGCACAUGGGGCUGGGUGGCUCGCCCUAAGCUUGCUCUGACAAAAGAGUUUUGAGUUGGUCUUUUGGCUGAGCCUGCCAAGGAAGGCAGGCUCCUGCAGGAGUCUUGGAGGGUCGGAUGCAGCGCCGGAUGAGGAUGAGGCGUGGCGGAAGAUGCGUUUGGCUCUGCAGACACUGCAUCGGGCAGCAGGGGACUCUGGGAGGCUGGUGCAGCCAGAAGGCAUGGCUCUUGACAGCCUUCUAGUAGAAUCUCUGGAAUUGUGCAUAUCACAGUAAGAUUUUUAAUUAAUGAAAAUGUCACCACUUAUUGAGUGUCAGAAGCCCCACCUUCACCCCCACCCCCUCCCCUGGGCUGAGACUGGUUCCAAAGGAUGCAACUCCCCAGGACAGAAGAGGAAAGAAACUAACGGGUAUUGAGCACCUACUGUGUGCCAGGCCCAGGCCAGCCAACCCUACAAGUUAGGACUUAAUCCCGUUUUACAGAUGAAGAAACAGAGAGUAGGACUUGCCCAACAUCAUACAGCUGGAUGAGGAUGAUACCCUUAUUCCUUUGCUUAGGCCUCUGCAAACACCUGUUACCUAGUGGUGGAUCCACUGGCCAGUCAGCGAGGAAGACUCAGAUUUCUCCAUGUGUCUCUCAACAUCCCUCCAGCAGCUAGCCCAGUCAUGCUCUCGUGGGAGGCAGAGGUGCAAGAGCGAGCAAGCCCAGCCAUGCAAAGAAGUUCCCCCCACAUCCACCCAGUCUGUGCAGACUUGCUGCCUACUAUGUCAUCGGGAACGCAAAGGCUGGGAAGAAGGCCCUUCCCAAAAUGGACUGGUGUUGCAGGGUGAGAAGCUGCCCCCUGACUUCAUGCCAAAGCUCGUCAAGAAUCUCCUAGGCGAGAUGCCUCUAUGGGUCUGCCAGAGUUGCCGAAAGAGCAUGGAGGAAGAUGAAAGGCAGACAGGUCGAGAACAUGCAGUGGCGAUCUCCUUGUCACACACAUCCUGCAAAUCACAGUCUUGUGGGGGUGACUCUCAUUCCUCUUCGUCCUCCUCUUCAUCGUCCUCGUCCUCCUCCUCCUGCCAUGGGAACUCAGGGGACUGGGAUCCCAGCUCCUUCCUGUCAGCACAUAAGCUCUCGGGCCUCUGGAACUCUCCGCACUCCAGUGGGGCCGUGCCGGGUAGCUCACUCGGGAGUCCUCCUACCAUCCCUGGUGAGGUUUUCUCUCUCUCGGAGCACCACCGGCACUCAGACCUCACUGCUCCACCUAACAGCCCCACUGGCCACCACCCCCAGCCCGCGUCGCCGAUCCCAUCUCACCCCGGGUCCUUUGGCUCACCACCCCAUCCACACCUGCCACCUGCUACCCCGGCAGCGCCUUUCCCUGCCCAAGCUUCAGAAUGCCCUGUUGCCGCUGCUGCCGCCCCACACACCCCAGGGGCAUGUCAGACUCCCCACCUGCCCUCCACCAGCAUGCCGCUCCUGAAGAUGCCUCCACCAUUCUCAGGGUGCAGCCACCCCUGUAGUGGGCACUGCGGCGGGCACUGCAGCGGGCCUCUCCUCCCACCUCCCAGCUCUCAGCAGCUCCCUAGCACUCACAGCAGAGACCCUGGGUGUAAAGGGCACAAGUUUACACACAGUGGCCUGGCCUGCCAGCUUCCCCAGCCCUGCGAGGCAGAUGAGGGCCUGGGUGAGGAAGAGGACAGCAGCUCAGAGCGCAGCUCCUGCACCUCAUCCUCCACUCACCAGAGAGAUGGAAAGUUCUGUGACUGCUGCUACUGUGAGUUCUUCGGCCACAAUGCGCCACCCGCUGCCCCGACGAGUCGGAAUUAUACAGAGAUCCGAGAGAAGCUCCGCUCGAGGCUGACCAGGCGGAAAGAGGAGCUGCCCGUGAAGGGGGGCACCCUGGGCGGGAUCCCUGGGGAGCCCGCCGUGGACCACCGAGAUGUGGAUGAGCUGCUGGAAUUCAUCAACAGCACGGAGCCCAAAGUCCCCAACAGCGCCAGGGCCGCCAAGCGGGCCCGGCACAAGCUGAAAAAGAAGGAAAAGGAGAAGGCCCACUUGGCAGCAGAAGCUCUAAAGCAGGUGAAUCGUAGUGUUUCUGGAAGCCGGGAGCCAAGGCCUGCCAGGGAGAGGCUCUUGGAGUGGCCUGACCAGGAGCUGGAUCGAGUAAAUAGCUUCCUGAGCAGCCGUCUGCAAGAGAUCAAGAACACUGUCAAGGACUCUAUCCGUGCCAGCUUCAGUGUAUGUGAGCUCAACAUGGACAGCAAUGGAUUCUCUAAGGAGGGUGCUGCUGAGCCAGAGCCCCAGAGCCUAUCCCCCUCAAACCUCAAUGGUUCCUCAGAGCAACGGCCUGACAUUAAUCUUGACCUGUCCCCUUUGACUUUGGGCUCCUCUCAGAACCACACGUUACGAGUUCCAGGUGAGCCAGCCCCACCAUGGACAGAAAUGAGAGGCUCCCACCCACCAUGGACGGAGGUGAGGGGGCCCCCUCCUGGUAUCAUCCCUGAGAAUGGGCUAGUGAGGAGACUCAACGCCGUGCCCAACUUGUCCCGGGUGAUCUGGGUCAAGACACCCAAGCCAGGCAACCCUAGCCCUGAGGAGCCAGGCCCAAAGGAGGUUCCCAGUUGCAAGCAGGAGCUGCCCGAGCCUGUGGUCUCAGCUGGGAAGCCGCGGAAGGGCAAGAGACAGGGCAGUCAGGCCAAGAAGAUCGAGGCAAGCCCAGCCCCACGGUCCCCUGCCAGCCUCGAGGUUCCCAAUGCCAAGGGCCAGAUCCCCAGCACCAAGCAGCCAGGCAAGGCCACAGAGCCUCCCAAAGUGGGCAGCUGUGCUGAGGCUGGAGAAGGGAGCCGGGGGAGUCAGCCAGGACCAGGCUGGGCUGCCGGCCCCAAAGCUGACGAGAAGGGCAGCUCCUGGCGAAACUGGCCAGGUGAGGCCAAAGCACGGCCUCUGGAGCAGGAGUCUGUGCAGCCCCCAGGCCCAGCAAGGCCACAGAGCUUGCCACAGGGCAAGGGUCGCAGCCGCCGGAGCCGCAACAAGCAGGAGAAGACAGCCGCCUCCUUGGACGAUGUGUUCCUGCCCAAGGACAUGGAUGGGGUGGAGAUGGAUGAGACUGACCGGGAGGUGGAGUACUUCAAGAGGUUCUGUUUGGAUUCUGCAAAGCAAACUCGUCAGAAAGUUGCUGUGAACUGGACCAACUUCAGCCUCAAGAAAACCACUCCCAGCACAGUUCAGUGAGCCCCUGCCGGGUCAAGCUUCUUCAGGGUGUCCUGAGACCCCAACUGCCAGCUGAAGGUCUACAGUUUCUUCCUCCAAAUCCCUAUCCACCUGCCCAAGAUCCUCCCUGCUCCUCGCCAUCCUGGACCAACCAAAAGUUGAAUGGACGCUGUGCCGUGCUGGGGCCCCUCAGGACCUCCGCAGAGCCGCUUCCUGGUGCUACGCAGCCUCCUCACUCAGAGCCCGGGGGCUGGACUGGCUUGUGGGCUGGGGGCUGAUGGUACUGCUGGCCCAACACUGCUCUCUUUGUGUUUGGUUUUGUUUUUGUUCUUGUUUUUCAAUUCUUUACUUUUGAUACUGUGAAGAUCUUUCCUGCCGAAAGAUAAAGCAACAUUUGGACACAGA